GGAGCCGUGAAGAUGAACACGUUCCUCUAACAUCAAUUCAACAAUAAAUGCUGGAACAUUGAAGAUGAGCAUCCAGUCCAUCAGGAAGAAGUGAAAUCUGCAGAAACAGAGUUUAUUGAAGGACAGAGAGAACAUGAGAGAUCCAGAACCCUGCAGAAUGAAACACACUGAAGAACAAACAGACCUGAUGGAAGUGAAAAAGGAAAGACGAGAACUGCUUGAGGAGAAACAUAUUUUCAUACCUGGAGAAAAAUCUUUGAGUUGGUCACUGACUGAUAAUAAUAAUAAAUCCCAAAAACGAGAAAGAGCCAAAAAAGUUUUCAUCUGCCCUCAAUGUGCAAAGAGUUUUACGCAAAAAAUCGGCCUUGAGCGCCACAUGCUAAUUCACACCGGCGAGAAACCCUUCACUUGCUCUCAAUGUGGGAAGAGUUUCAGGUGUAAAAGGAACCUCGUGGAUCACAUAAGAGUUCAUACCGGAGAGAAACCGUUCAUGUGCGACCAAUGCGGCAAGAGUUUCGCAUACAAAACAGGCCUGAACAGACACAUAAGGAUUCAUACCGGAGAGAAACCAUUCAUGUGUCCUCAAUGCGGAAGAGGUUUUGCACUCUCGGGAGCCAUUAGGAGGCACAUCAAAAUCCACAGCGGAGAAAAGCCGCACACAUGCGAUCACUGCGGAAAGAGUUUUACCUAUAAAGAAAACCUUAAGGAGCACAUGAGGAUCCACACCGGAGAGAGACCAUACACUUGUGUUGAGUGUGGAAAGAGCUUCACACAUAUCAGCAGUCUUAAAGAACAUCUUCUCACUCACUCUGCUGUCAGGCCGUUUAACUGCGACCAAUGCGGUAAAACGUUUCUUUCAUCAUCCAUACUAAAGAGACACUUGCAAAUUCACAUGCAGGAGAAACCAUACUUGUGUUCUCUGUGUGGAAAGAGUUUCGCACGACUGGAUGGUUUUAAAGAGCAUCAGAAGAUACACACCGAUGUGAGAACUCACGUGUGUUUCGAGUGCGGGAAUGGGUUUAUAUCAGCGACGCACUUGAAACUGCACCAGAGGAGUCACACUGGAGAGAAACCGUACAAAUGUUCGCACUGCGACAAGAGGUUCUCUCGCUCAGGAACCCUGAAAGCGCACGAGAGGAUUCACACCGGAGAGAAACCAUAUCACUGCACUGCGUGUGGGAAGAGUUUCAACCAAUCAAAUCAGCUGCUGAGUCAUAAGAAGAAACAUCACUCUGUGUUGUCGCAAUGAGCUUUUUAUCUUCAGAAACCAGGACUUUCUAAGAGGUGUGUGUGUGUGUGACUGU